AUGAACUAUGCUGAACCGUGUUCUACCUCCAAUGAAUUCACUAAUAAAAAUGACAUAAAGAGUUUACCAUAUUAUUUCGUCCAUUUAACGGAUAAACACUUAAGUAAUUUUGAAACACUUAAUGCAAUGGCGCUAAUUGGUAAUUAUGCAGAUCUGUUGUUUUUUAUCGAGUCUUAUGAAACCUCAGACACAUUUGUUGUACCACCUUAUGAUAUAAUUAUUUUGCUAUUAACCUUAGUAACGGUAUCGAAGUAUUACAAAGAGGCAACGGUUAGAAAGAAUGAUUAUUAUGUUUUAACAGGGAAGCAGUUGAACAAAAGAUCAAUUGCAAUUUUAAAGAAUUAUAUUGAAAUUCUAAAUGAAUUUGACUGCGGGAAAUACGACAGGUACUCUUUGGAACUGUUAAGGUGUCAAUUUUUCCUUGCGAUUGAAUUGAUCUUUAACAAAGAGAAGAGAACUGAUAUACGCAAUAGAUUUAAAAGAAGAAGAGCUGAGGUAGAAUUUGAAAUUGAGUAUUUGACAAGCUCAGUCGACGAAAAUAACGACGAUGAUACAAUUGGUUUUCAGAAUCCAUAUAAUUCAUAUAUUCCCUUUUUGGAUAGAAAUAAAACUGUUCUAGGAAAUAAAUUGUUUAAUAUCGUCUUGAAUAAACGUGAUAGUUUUAUUAACUUGCUGAUAUGGACAUUGUCAAAUUCCUUAGAAGAGGAUACUGCAUUAUAUUUGUCGAGUCAAGAAAUUUGGAUGCCUAUUUUACAAAUGAUUCUAGAUAUUUACUUACUACGACAUGAUUACUAUAUUCAAAAUGAAUUGACCAACAAAGGAAAUAGUCAUUUUUUUAGUAGGGAGUUGUCACGAAGUCCAAUUGGUACACUGUUGAGGUCAAUUGGCGAAGUAGAUUUUAUAGAGAGAUUUUGUGAAUCCGUCUUUAUUAAUUGUUCUGAUAGAAACGAUAUAUUAUCGUAUCGAACAGUUAUGCAACGUAUUUAUCAAAACGAGAAUGUUAUAUCUAAUGCAUUUUUACCUAGGGUUAAGUAUAGCAAUGACUACAAGAUGCUCAAAUCGAUGUCUAUUAGGAGGAAAAUGAUUGGCUUAUGCUUUAGGCUUCUUCAAGAUUUAGAUGAUGAUGAACGUUUGGAAUUACCUAAAAUGUCAACUAAUACAUUAGGAGAUAGCAUUAUAAGAUGUGUAAUAAAUUUUGACAAUAUUAAGCAAUUUAAAAUGUUCUUUUAUACAGAAAUGAUUUCAAAAGAAUUAUUUUUCCUACCAAUUUUGGCUGAAGAUUGUAUAUUGAAAUUAUCCGAAAAUUAUCUUGAAAAUAAUAGAGAAACAUUAGAUUUAUGUAGCAAUUUCAAUAAUUCCAAAGCAUUCUUCCAAAUUUUGGUAGAGUUAAUUAAUGACGGAUACUUUUAUAUUCCAGAACUUAAAUGUAAUGAUAAUGACGCUUAUGACAAAUCCAAUAACAAGGAAAAAAAUGACGAAAAUAAUAAAAUCGAUGCCAAAAUAAAGAAAAGCUUGUAUAAAAAAUAUAUCACCAUUAUGAAAGCUGAUAUAUGUUUAAUUGUAUUGCUUCGAUUUUUUAUAUAUGAAAAUAGCAACAUGAACGAAAUUAAGGCUCUGUCUUCUUUCAAUAAUUUUUUAGCAAGAGUUAAAAAAUUAGAUUCUGAACGACUCAAUGAAUUUGGGGAUAUUGGUAAAAAGGAAGAAAGUGUUGCACUGUUUAGUAGAGUUAAACUAUUAUUUUGUAUUUUGUAA